CUCAAUAAACAUGGCGGACUGACUCAAUGAAGAAAAAAGAGGAGCAAAAAAGAGUCAGCCAUUUACAGUAUUCAUGCAAAAAUAACCAUUAUUAAUGGACUGAUUUAUUAUGGACGGAUAGAAAGCAACCUAAUGUGCUCGAGAGGUUGUUAAGAGGUCAUAAACUUGCAUUUUAAUGAUAUCAAUCGAGGUCGUUUGAUUAGAACAAGGCUCUUUGAAUCCUCGUGCCCUGGACGCCCGUCAUUAAUGAUCAGUUUGUCCGCAAUAGAUAUUAUUAUAUUAUGAUAUAAUUACCAUGUCUAUGAGUAGCGAUGAAGUGAACUUUCUGGUGUAUAGAUAUCUACAAGAAUCAGGUUUUCAACAUUCUGCUUUUACGUUUGGCAUAGAAAGUCAUAUUGAUCAGUCUAAUAUCAAUGGAUCAGUGGUCCCACCUGGGGCAUUAGUAUCUGUUUUACAGAAAGGUGUCCAGUAUGUUGAAUCUGAAGCAACUGUAACAGAGGAAGGUAACUUGCUAGAUGACAGUGAACUAGAUCAGUUAUCACUGAUUGAUGCUGUUCUACCAGAUGUUGUUAGUUCUAGACAUUCUUUGAUAAGCAAUAGAAUCAUCAAGCCAGAAGUACCAGCUGUGAAUGAUCUAUUGAAUGCAUCAGGUGAUGGAUAUAUGCAUGUUAACUCAGUACCUCAAGAUGUAACUGACUGUGAUCCAGUAAUGAUGGAUAAUGGCAGUCAAAAAGCUCUCAUCUUAAAAGGCCAUGGAUCUGAGGUGUUUGUGUGUUCAUGGAACCCAACCCAAGACCUUUUAGCCACAGGGUCUGGUGAUGGGACAGCCAGACUAUGGUCCAUUAAUGACAGUGGUUUACCAGUAGUUCCUAUAAUAUUAGAACACAAGGCAAAAGACCUACAGGAGAACCACACAUCAGCUGUUACUAACCUUGAUGUCACUUCACUGGAAUGGAAUUGUGAUGGGACCUACCUGGCUUCUGGGUCUUAUGAUGGUUGUGCAAGAAUAUGGAAUCCUGAAGGUCAAUUAAUAGCCACACUAAAAGAACACAAGGCGCCUUUGUUUGCUAUCAAAUGGAACAAGAAAGGGAACUAUCUUGUUAGUGCAGGAGUUGAUAAGGCCUGUAUAGUAUGGGAGGCAAACACUUGGGAAAUCAAACAACAGUUUGUGUUUCAUCUUGAUCCAACUUUAGAUGUUGAUUGGCAAAACAGCACCUGCUUUGCAUCCUGCUCAACAGAUAAAAACGUCCAUAUUUGUAAAAUAGGUCUAGAUAAACCUUUCAAGACAUUUAGAGGACAUACAGCUGAAAUAAAUACAAUAAAAUGGGAUCCUACAGGAACAUACCUAGCUUCUUGUUCAGAUGACAUGUCUAUUAAGAUCUGGAGUCUGAAGCAUGACUUUUGUAUUCAAGAUUUACAAGGCCAUAAAAAAGAGAUCUACACUAUAUCAUGGAGCCCUGGAAAAACAGGUUCACCAAGUCAAACACCUUCUACAUUACUUGCUAGUGGAUCGUAUGAUACUACUGUCCGAUUAUGGGACAUGGAAAAAGGCACCUGUAUCCAUACGUUUACAAAACACUUUGAACCAGUUACCUCGUUAUCCUUUAGUCCUGAUGGCAAAUAUCUUGCAUCAGGUUCUUUUGAUAAACAUGUACAUAUUUGGUCUAUACAGUCUGGCAAUCUUGUACAUACAUUUCAAGGAAAUGGCAGUGUAUAUGAAGUAGAGUGGAGCCCCAAAGGGGAUAAGUUAGCAGCCUGUUUUUCUAGUAGUAUGGUUUGCGUCUUAGAUGUACGUUCGCUAUAACAGGACGUCAUAUACCAGAGCUUUUUUUUCUUAUUUAUUAAUAGUAAUACGUUAUGACUAAGGAUUUUGUAUCAGUUGUUUUACUUUGUAUAUUGUCAGAAAGGCUAAUCAUUUUUAUUGAGACACGCACACCACUCAACCUGUACAGCCAUAUCGAAAAAAAACUGUCUGGUGAAUACUCAAUGCUGCACAAUGCUGCAUAGAGCGAUUUUCAUAUGAGUGAGAAGCCUACGGUACGACAUGCUGUAACAUUCAGUAAUUUAUCCAAUCACAACAUGGCUACAGUACGACUACAAAUAUGUGGUAUUGUUUUCCACUCAUACGAAAAACUGUUCUAAAGAAUUACACCUGGUCUUCUCUUAAAUCAAAACGAACUAUUCAUUAUUUGGUAUUCAGUAAGACAGCUUUUUUGAAAUAGAGAUAAGAUGUAACUUGCCUAGUGAACCUGUUCAGGCUAUUUGAAUUGUUUUUCCUAUUAAGAAAUUAUCCUCUGGCUUCUUGAAAUAUUUAGACGCAGAAAUUUUAAGAACAAAGCCAGAGCUGAAGAACUUAGAAAUUCUUUUCUACGAUGCCCUCACUUCAGUUGUCUUCAGUUGUCAUUUACCCUCUCCCCCUUGCCCCACGGCGAUAAAUAGGACCGGUCCAGAACUGUGGUGAAACAGUACGGUACCGACUAUAUUAUAUAUUUUUAGAUGCUCGUAGUCUAAAACUACAUAGUUCAAUAUCUUGAAUGUGAGGUGAAGAGAGAUGUGACUUCUUUUACAUUUUUCUAUGAGCCUCCUUCCAAAGUGUUUGAUACAGUAGUCAUGUAAAUGAGGGGAAGGUUUUGUUUUUGACGAAGUGGAAUGAGCUAUAGGAGUGGAAAAUAAACGUCUUUAACUUAAA